CUGUGAUUGACAGAAACGCGUCCAAUAGCGACAAACAACAAGAACGUCAUCUAAUUUGUUAUUGGCCAGUUGACGUUGACAAAAUGAAUGGCAAAUUUUAUUGUUCGACGCCUUCCCGAAGCGGCGAGUAACUUUCUGACUUCCAACUCAAGGACCAAAGAGCCCGCUGAGCCGUGACCGCGCUGGAGAUGGGGGACCAGGACGCGCCUCAGUUUGGAUCCGUGGAGGAAGAACUGGAGCACUGGAAGGAGGAGGCGGCCCGGCACCAGCAGAUUGCGGUGGAAGCGCAGGAGGAGCUGCAGGAGUUUCAGCAGAUGAGUCGGGACUACGAGGUGGAGCUGGAGACGGAGCUGAAGCAGCUGGACACCAGGAACCGGGAGCUUCUCUCAGCCAACAACCGUCUGCGCAUGGAGCUGGAGAACUACAAGGACAAGUACGAGACACAUCACUCUGAGGCGUGCCGACAGAUCUCCAACCUGGAGGGAGACCUGGCCGAAACCGCGGCCGUCAGAGAUCAGCUCCACAAGUACAUCAGGGAGCUGGAACAGGCCAACGACGACCUGGAGAGGGCCAAGAGAGCGACCAUCAUGUCUCUGGAGGACUUUGAGCAGCGGAUGAACCACGUCAUAGAGAGGAACGCCUUCCUGGAGAGCGAGCUGGACGAGAAGGAGAAUCUCUUGGAGUCGGUUCAGAGGCUGAAGGACGAAGCGAGAGACCUUCGGCAGGAGCUUGCUGUGCAGCAGAAACAGCAGGUGCAGGACAGGAAGCCUUCCAUCAGCAGCUCCGUCAAAGAGCCUUCGUCCUCUUCGUCGUCGGCGGGGUUGCCGACCCCGCCCCUCACCCCCCCAGACAGUAGGAUGGAGGAUAAAACCUCGGCUCCACCCAGACCUGUAGCCUCCUCUGAGGACAUCAGCACGCCACCGCCCUCCGUCAGCAGAGCUGAAAGCAUCUCUGCGAUUCCUCUCACCACGUCGGCGAGAAUCUCUGCUCUGAACAUCGUCAGUGAGCUGCUGAAGAAAGUCGGGAGCCUGGAGUCGAAGCUAGCGUCCUGUCGGAAUUACGUCAACGAGCAGACGGCGAAUCGCAGACGCCACAGCGGAGGAUCUGGAUCAGCGCCGGCCCAGAGCAACCCAUCAGAGCCCCAUCCCACCAACGGCCUCUACAACAAGGGUCUCGUGAAGAGGCUGGACUUUGGUGCAGGAUCCAAGCUGCUGCUGUGAACCCGACCGGACCUCUCCGUCUCCUCUUAGCGGGUCAGGAUGGUCCAAACCUCACCUGGACUCGGUUGGUACCUGACGGACCGCACUGACACCGAGCAGCUGAGGCUAAACGGAUGGAGACGCUGGAGGUUUAGUUGGUCUUUUAUCAGGACUUCCUGUUCAGCACUUGCACUUGUCUUGAACGUCCGUUCUGGACUUUUUGUUCCGACUCCCUGAGUCUGGAUUUGAAGACAUAUUUUUAUGUGUUCAGACUCAAUGAGAAGCUAAAUUCAUUAGUUGAUUAAAACAGUGAAAGUUUG